AAACAAAAAUAACGCAAGUGCACCGAUUGCAGACGAUUUUUUCUAGUUUCCGCGAGCAAAAGUUAAAAGAAAUCCUCAAAAUGUCUGCGGCGUUUAAGCUAGCCAAGAAAAAGUACACCCAGCAAGAUCUGCGGCGUAUCAUGAGCGAAACUAAGGCAAAUGCUGCUAAACAACAGACAGAAGCGAAUGUUAAACGCAUUGAAUCACCACUGGCAAAGUACAAUGAAGCAGGUCAGCUUACUUGCGCAUUGUGUUGUUCGGUCGUCCGCUCGGAGGCCGUCUGGAAGGUACACAUUAAUUCGAAGCAGCACAAGGAGAACAUAGAGCAAGCUAAACGGUUGAAGCAGAAGGUAGCAGCCCAAACGCCGGCAGUUUCGCAAAAUGCACCAACGGAAACCACACAUGGUUUGAAACGGUCAAACUCUUCGAAUCAAUCGGAUACUAACAGCAAUAAAAAAGUUAGAGGGAUACUUAAAAAUAAUGAGACGGAACAAAGCUCACUUCCAACAGAUUUUUUCGACUCUGAUGUUAAAAUCAAAACAGAUCUGGUGAACAUUCGACUGCCAAGCGGUAGUAGAGCUGGUACUGGAAAGAUAGACAAAGAAUCGGAAGACAGUGCAAAGGAACCACAGCCGCCACCAGAAGAGGAGAAAAUUCCCGAAGGAUUCUUUGAUGACCCGAAAGCGGACGCCAAAGCAAGAAACAUAGAGUAUAAAGACCCGAACGAUGAGGAAUGGGAACGGUUCCAAAAGGAAAUCAAAGAAGCCACAACGGAAUCGAUGGCCAUUAUAAGCGAGGAACAGGAAGAGUCCACAGCAGAACGACAGAUAAGCGAAAUCGACGAGCAGAUUAGAAAUUGGUCCCGAGUGCUGAGUUUAGAGCGGAAGAAGGAAGAGGUAAGGCAGAAGACUUCGAAGAAGUCUGCAUUAACGCUGGGAGCGAUCGAGAGUACGGCUCAAAUCAAAAUGGAGGUACAGCAAAAUAGCGAUGACGAUGCCGAUGACGGAGAGUUUGAUGAGUUUCCGGAUUGGAGGGCCAAGAAAUCGUUUCAUUGAGGAAAUUCACAAAAGAAUAAAGAUUACUAUCGACUGUUGAAACAAAACGGGCUUUUGUUGAUGUAUUAGACAUUAUUUACCUGGUCUUCAUGGCUUUAGCUAGUAUAACAUAUUAAUAAAUAAAAUACAUCACA